AUGGAUCCCGCAGGCCUCGCGGUUGCACUGGUGGCCGCAGCGACCGAACUCGCUAUCAAAGUGAGGGCUUUCAAAAAGCGAAUGAAUGACCGCCCAACCAUAGUCGAUGGCUUGCUGGAUUACUGUAGAAUGGUUAAAGGUGAUUCAGAGAUGAUUGCCGGGCAGGCAGACCGCAUCCAAGCAAUCACAGAUCCAUCGUUCCACGGAAGAGGGAGUCCGCUAUACGUCCUGUGCACCAGACUACAAGGCCUGACCAGGCUCCUCAGUGAAUUUGACGAGGAGCUGGGCGAUCUCACCAGAUCAAGUGCUACGACUUGGCUAGGAAGAGCGAUUCUGCAGAUUGACACAGACGAUGCACUCCCAAGAAUAAGGCACGUUCAGGAUAGAAUAGAACAGUACCUCUCCAGCAUGUUGCGUUCGAUGCAAUGUAUCCAACUUACCCUCCAGGAACCUCCAGUGCCACCUCGCCCACUGAAUGCAGCGUCAUCCACACUUCCCAACUUUCCUACUCCGCCUCCGUCGCCAGGCCUCAGCGAUAUCAAAAUCACGCCGGGCGGCAGGAAAUUCUCGAAUAUCUCCAGCCUAAGCCAGACUACAGAUAUUGAGAGGGCAACUCGGAAUCUGGAUAUGCAUCUCGUCGAACGAUUGCUGCAGGAAGACGUCACAGGAACUCUUAUCCACACGAUAGAUUCCCAUGGACGAACUCUUGUCGAUAUCGCCGUGUGCCAGGGCAAAAGCACUCACCCAUCCCAAGUGCCGCUGGUCAGAAUGUUAAAGGAGCGAGGUGUAAAAUUCACACUCAAAGACGACCGUCAUCGGAGGAUGUAUCGUGAAAUCAUGGACACCAUCAAACUACAGUCGAGGAAGAAAUGGUGACAUAAACCAUAUCAUCUACCAGAAUCGACCGGUAAAUGCAAAAUAUGCGGUAUAGUGUCAACAUAUCCGCGUCUCGACGACUCAUCGAGGGAGACAGCCCUUGCACGCUUCGGCCAGUACAAUGUGUCCGGCUGGAGAGACGACUCCCGUAUAACGGUGACCGAUUCCACAAUGCCCACAUGCAGAUCUGAAUUCCACGGAUGUAUCCUAAAAAUAUGCGUUGCAAUCGGAAUCCGGCGGCAGAUAUCCUUUUCUCUCCGAUUCCCCUUGGUAGAGUCCACUGAGGAGACUAUGCCUUGUUUCUGUGGAAAUUGUCGGCACCGACGGGACGCAGCAUUUGAGUACAUAUUUCGCUGCACGAUAAUGCCGGGGUUUGCCUGCGUCUGCGCAAUAAAGCGAGAGGAUACUCCAUCAUUCGAUUUUGUUAACUUUUCUUUUCUCUGCCCCCCCCCUCCCUUUUUUUUGCUGUACAAUAAUUUUCUCCAAAAGAGUCAACAAAAUGUACAUACAUACACACAAGCACCAACGAAUGGCAGAAACAAUUUCAAAACUCGCAGGUAUUCUGCGC